UUCGCGAAAUCAUUAAUAGAGAAGGGAGACAACAAAGAGUGUGAUACAAAUAUAAAAAUAGUGAAAAAGAAAGAGAAAAAAAAAAUUGAUAAACCAGCAGCAGGUAUGCGGUGUUCAUCUCGCAAACUUUGUUGACGAUCGAACUCACAAUUUGAACAGCACGAAUGUCUACGAGUGCACAAUACAUAUAUAUUUUUCUCUUCGUGCCACUGACCUGUACUCUCUCUCUCUCUCUCUCAACACAUACACACGGUGUUUUAACAACUCCAAAAAACUUGCGAAUAUUUUCAUCUCCCCUAGUCCCCUCUCUUUACCUUAAUCAAAACAAUAUAUAAAAAAAUAUUGUACACAAACAUGACAAAAGUGUUAAUCAUUAUCAUCAAUAUUGUGUAUUAAUUUAAUUUGUGUUAGUGUCUGUGUUAUAUAUAUUUUUUUAAAUAAUAUAUUUACUCAUCAUCAACAUCAAGAUUAAUCGUUAAUUUUUUUCGGUAACUUUGUGUGUAUUCGCAAUUUCGCAUUUCUCUAGGCUGGGCCUAUCACUGCAAAAAAAUGGCCGCAAAUUUGCAACACAAAAAAUUAUAUUGCAAGUGUUUUAUUAUUUUUAUAUGACAAAAAAAUUAUAACCAGUUUAAUUAUAUAAUUAUAAUUAAUAUAUUUUAAAUUGAAUAAAUUUUAAAUUUUUUUUUUCGAUUUGUAAUUUAAAAAAUAGUGUUGUGACAUUAAAAUUGUCUGGGUCUCGGUCGAUGACCAUAGAUAAAUAAUUAUUAACAAUGAUUAUUUAAAAAAAAAUUUUAAUUAAUGUGACAAGUUAUGAGUGAUUGUUAAUAAUAAUUUAGCAGAAAAAAAAUAUUUAAAUAAUUCAGUGAAAUUUUUGUGGUUUAUUUUAAUUUUUUUGGAGCAAAUGACCUGGUGAAUAAUAUGAAAAAAAUAGGAUGACGAUACUCAUGAUGGAUGACGAUGAUUUAGUUUGUUUACAUCGUCAUAGAGGAAUUUUUAUUUUUUAUCAUAAAUAUAAACAAGUGAUUAUGAAAAUAUAAAAAAAAAAAAAAGUAUAUUUUUUUUUUUUAUUUUUUUUUUUUUUGUUUGAUUGUUUUUUUUUUUUUUUGAAUAAUUAUUACAAUGAAAAUUAAUGUAAUAAUGUGUGGUGGUACCACGAGCAUUAUUGUUUUUAUAACUUUCAUCAUUUUAAUACAGACGUCAUCAAUCGUUAAUGGCAUAAAAUGCUACUGCGAUAUUUGUGCUGAUGAUAACAACACUUGUACAACUGAUGGUUUUUGUUUUGCAAGUUCAACAAGAAAAGAUGACACAAUAAUCCACGAUUACAGGUGUUACGAUAAAGAAACAGUCUUUCCAUCAUCAGAUUUCUCAGCUUGGUGCAAUGAUGAUGGUGUUCACGGAAGCCCAGAUGGCAGUGAAUUUGUUAUUGAAUGUUGUCAACAUGCCAAUUACUGCAAUCGUGAUAUCAAGCCUUUCUUUCGCCCACAAAUGGCCGAUUCAUAUCGCGUAACGUCAGCUGGUGGUGUUGGAGCAUGGUCAACAUGGAAAGUUGCAUUGACAAUAGCACUACCAAUAUGUGGUAUAUGUAUUGUUGUUAUGAUAAUAUAUCAUGUUCAUUUGAGUCGUCAACGACCAGCAAGACAUUUUCCUGAUGAUUCAAUGGAAGCACCAGAUCAACCAAUUUUGGGUGGUGUCACUAUCAGAGACAUGCUUGAAAUGACAACAAGUGGAAGUGGUUCAGUUGGUUUACCACUACUUGUGCAGAGAAGUAUUGCACGUCAAAUACAACUUGUUGAAACAAUUGGAAAAGGUAGAUUUGGUGAAGUAUGGCGUGGAAGAUGGCGUGGUGAAAAUGUUGCUGUUAAAAUAUUUAGUUCACGUGAAGAAAGAUCAUGGUUUAGAGAAGCUGAAAUUUAUCAAACUGUUAUGUUAAGACAUGAUAAUAUACUUGGUUUUAUUGCUGCUGAUAACAAAGAUAAUGGAACAUGGACACAACUGUGGUUAAUAACUGAUUAUCAUGAAAAAGGUUCAUUAUUUGAUUUUUUAAAUCGUACAACAGUUGAUGUUGAUGUUAUGAUUAAAAUGGCACACACGAUGGCAACUGGUCUUGCUCAUCUACAUAUGGAAAUUGUUGGUACACAAGGUAAACCAGCAAUUGCACAUAGAGAUCUUAAAUCUAAAAAUAUACUUGUCAAAAUAAAUGGUACAUGUGCUAUUGGUGAUUUGGGUCUUGCUGUUAGACAUGAUGUUAUAACUGACACUGUUGAUAUACAAUUAAAUAAUAGAGUUGGUACAAAACGUUAUAUGGCACCUGAGGUUCUUGAAGAGACUAUAAAUAUGAAUCAUUUCGAUUCAUUCAAGAGGGCAGAUGUUUAUGCUCUUGGAUUAAUACUGUGGGAAAUAUCAAGACGAUGUAAUGUCAGUGGUAUGCAUGAAGAAUAUCAACUUCCAUUUUAUGAUGUUGCACCUUCUGAUCCUACUAUUGAAGAAAUGCGAAAAGUUGUUUGUAUUGAUAGACAUAGACCUACUAUACCAAACAAAUGGUGCACCAUUGAGGCACUUGCAUUGAUGUCUAAAGUCAUGAAAGAAUGCUGGUAUCAUAAUGCUGGAGCUAGACUAACAGCACUUAGAAUUAAAAAAUCAAUUGCCAGUUAUAUUGCGUUGAACGGUAUAAAGUGAGAUUUUAUUAUUUAAUUUAUAUUAUUUAAUUUAUUGUUUAAUUAUUAAUCAACAAGUGAAAUAAAAAAAAAAUUACGUUUACGGACAAAUUGUCUUGAUUAAAUUUUAAAUUAUAUCAUUGAUUAUUAAGACAUUAUUCAAAUUUAUUUUUUAAACAAUUUAAAAUACUAUGAUAAUAUUUAAAAUAAUCAUUUAUUAAUAAUAAAUUUAUAAAAUUUAAAUUUAAAAAUUGGGCUAAUUAAUGUCUUGACGAAUAAAAAUUUUAUCAUCUUUUUUAAAUUGUCUCGUUGUUGAGACAGUGAAUAUCAAUUUUCGCAUAAUUUUAUUUGACGAAUGAUAUGUUUAUCUACUUUGAGAAUAAUCGGUUGUUAAUCACGUUUUAAAAAAUUAAUUUAAUGAUUCAUUUUUAUAUUUGCUAUAACAGCAAAAAAGCUCGACUCUUUUUGCUUGAAGCAAACUUUUUUAAAACGUGAUUUAAUAAUUUAACAAAAAAAUAAAAAUUGAUAAGGAAUUAAAAAUAAUUAAAAAGAUAAGAGUUUGUAAUAAAAAUUUAUGAGAAUGCUAGUAAUAGAAUAAGUGCAUCUAAAUUAAAAAGAAAAGAAAAAAAAUUAUAAUCGUUAAAUCUAAAAAUAAAUCUAUUUUCGAAAAUUUAAUUUUUUAAUUUCUCUAAUGAUAAUUCGAUUUAAAAAAAAAAAAAGAAAAGUGUUUUUGGUGAUGACGAAAUUAACAUGACUGGAUAUUGAGUGAAUGUAAAAAAAAAAAAUAAAUAAUAAGAAGGAAAUUAAAUAUGGUAGCUGGCUAUUUCAAGCACCAAGAACGAGACUGAUUAUUCCUUCAGUGUUAAAAAAUAUAAAAUUAUUUUUUUUUCCAUUAUCAAUUGACCGAUUACUCUCAAUUAAUAUACGACGAUUAAAAUUAAGAUAAAGUAACAAACAAAUUACUCGUAAACGUAUUUUUAUAUAGUUUUUCAUUACCAUCAACUGAAAAUUAUUGUAGUAAUUUUUAUUUCUCAAAUAUUUAUAAAUUAUACUCAAUGUUAAGCCCAGCUAUUUUUCCACCGAGUAAAAAAUUAAUAGAAAAACAAAACAGUGAUCCCAUAUGUUUUUUUAUCCACAAAAAUAAAAUUUUUGUGGAUUGCAAUUCACUCAAAGACUGAUAAUACCCACAUAGAUCAUAAUUAAUAAUUUUCUUCAUCAUAGCUCAAAUUUUUAAAAAUUUUAUAAAACCAACAAUAGUUAUUAAUAAUUGUUUGUAAAAAGUCCCUCUUCAAACAUUCCUGUUAAACGUAGGUUAAUAUAAAAAUACGUAACUAUUAUUAAUAAUUAAUUAUCGAAACAAAUGAAAUAGUUUAAUAAUCACAUGUUUUUUUUUAUAUCAAAUGUGAUUUGAUAGAAUGACUACUACUAGUACAAUCUCUUGUGCCAAUUAACAAAAAUAAUACAGUAAAUUGCUCGUCUGUAGAAAUAAUAGCUGGGCAAUUAAUGAACAAAAAAAAACAUGAUUAACAAUACAGUCAAACUGCCAAUUUAUGAGUUAGUUUUUUUUUAAAAAUCUUCACACAAACACAAAUAAAAGAUAAUAAUAAUAGUUUAUAAAUAUAUGUUUUAAAUGAAUUUUUCUUUGGUUAAAUAAAACCCGACUGUACAAAAUCUAAAUCGUUGCAUAGUCAACGAAUUAAGUAAAAUUAACAAAUACGAAUAUAAAAAAAAAUAUACAAAUAAUAUUAUAAGUACUAUUAGAGUGAUAUCAUUAACUAGUUAUUUUAUUUACGUCAUGUCACAGUUGAAAAUGUUAUGAGAUUGUGAAUUAAACACAAAAAAUAUUUAAAUAAUUUGUGAAAAAAUAAAUACAAUUGUUACGACGUUAAAAGAAAUAAUGAAAAUAACAGCAACAAAAAUAAUAGAAAUCAAUGUAUGAUAAAGUUGAGCAAACACUUAGUUUAUUAUUAUUUAAAUCUGAUUUAGCUAUUAAUAUAAAAUAAUAUAUAUUUUAUUAUAAUUAUUAUUCCAAGACAUUUUUAAAUGCGCUGGCCACAAUGAAGGAAGAAAGAAAAAUGGCUGUUUAAUUCAGCGCAUUUUUUAAAUAUCAAUUUAUAAUUGUUUUUUAAUUUAUUGAAUCUUAUAUAUGACUUAAAGAAUCGUCUUGGAAUAUACUGAAUGAUACAAAAAAAUUUCGUACUAAUUAUUGAAAUUUUAGAAAUAUAUUAUUGGUUUUUAUUUUUUAUUUUUUUUUUUUUUUUUUAUACUGUUGUUAAUUGUAUUUUAUAUUUGAAAUUAAUUUUGCAGCUGAUAUGAUUUUUAUAAACUGCUUUUUAAAAACAAAUGAUACAAAAAUAAAAUUAUCAAUUGGACUAUCAUGUGUAUGAUAAAACUGUAAAUAAUUGUGUAAAUGAUUUUGAAAGGAUAAAAAAAUAGAAGAUAAAACAAAAGUUAAAAUGAAAAAUAAAUUUAAAAUAACUGAAAUUAAAAUAAAUGGGUGGAUAUUGUGGUUUAUCGUUUAAUAAUAUUAUUUUCUUAUGGAAUUUGAGAGAGAAAAAUAAAAAAAAAUUAAAAGUUUGAUACAGCUGA